AUGGGCAGAGCCGCCGCCGCCUCCCGCCUCUCGCCGGCCGCCCCCCCGCCCGCCUCCCGCCCGCCUCUCCCUCCCGGCUUCCGCGCCGCGCCGCGCAGCCCCAGCCCGCCUGCCGGUGCCGCUCCGCCGCUCGCUCCGGUGCAGGAAAUGCGCAAAAGACGAGACUUGCAACUACAUGUAUUCCUAAUGCCCAAGGGAGGUCAAGAGAGGAAGAUGCAGCACAUGCAAUAUCUCUCCUGCAGAAAGGCAUGCUUUCCUGGAGAACUGCUUAAACCUUGGAGAACUGUCAGCAAAUUUUCAGCAUUUUCUAAAUACAGCAAUAUGAAAGAACAAGACGAGAUUUUCUGUUGUUUUAUUUUUUAAAGGAGUGUAAUUUCUUGAAGUUAUACUGAAGAGAUGCACAAGGAAUAAAAGCUUGCAUGGAGGAGAGAUUUUCAGAAACAUCUUUGUGUCAAAAAUGAAAUAAAAGCCAAAACCCAACUUAUAAACCUUGUGAAAUUGGAGGAACUUUGGCUCUGAAUGGACAUGGACACCUACCAAACAACAUAUAUGUGAAGAUGUUCACUAGUAUGAGUACAUUCACUGAAUUCCUUUGAACUUAAUGGAUAUGCUUAUAUAAGUGUGAUA